AUGCCAACUGGCCUUAUGACCUCACGGCAUGUCAAUGAUGAGUUGAUGAGUCGCCGAGUAUGCAAUUACCAUACCGUAAUUUUGUAUUUUACCCGAUUACACCCGGUUCCGGAGCCCCUUAUCUCGAUACCUCUAGACAGCUCCGGCUCAAAGCUUCUUUUUGAUACUCAAUUGUCUUGUUCCAAUUGCAAUUCAUACUCUCUGACAAUUAUGCUCAAUUCCCAUCUCAAUGACCUAAAUUACUUCAGCUUGUGUGGGUCCCGCCAAGCUGCGAUCAGCCGAAAUUACCAAAAAUCGAAUUUCCGGAAGAAAUGCGAAGAGCCUCUGGGCAAUCCGGAAAGACCAGUUUUCACGAUAGUUCGGGUUAUGGCGGGUCAAAAUUCCAGUCUAAGUGGACCGGCGAAAGCGAGGACACGACAACCCGGUUUUUUGCUUUUUUUUUAA